UCUCUAGUCCCCAGUCUAUUUAAGCUAGUCAUUUUUAUUCAGCAGUUCUCCACGGCAGCGUCAACCAUAACGCACAAGGAGUACGAGUCUCUAGCGGCGAAGCGGUGCACCAUUCCGUCGUCAAAGCGAAACAGCGCGGCGGGGCCGUCUGCUUCAGCGCGCCGCGUCCGCAUCGGAGCCAAGUUGUACUCCACAGUGCCUGCUAAAAGAACGAAACUGAGGGCUCACGGCUGCAACGUCGCUCGCUUGAGCUUCGUCUCAUCACGCGACAGUUUGCUGCGUGACAGCAGACAAUCGUGCAACGCCAUGGCUUCCAUACCCUAUGCAAUGCACUCUGCUGUGAAUUUACACAAGAAGCUCGCAGAAGAGCAAACAAAGAAUCUUGGCGUCAUCUUUGAACCACCGACCAGCACAAUUGAGACAACACUGCCAAAGUACAACCCGAAGCUGAUGAACAGCAUCUGGGGUCUCUACAACCGCUAUGCUCCGCACUCUUUCCAAAAGAACUGCGAAAUCCCCAGCUGCUCCGUGCCCGGGAUUGUUGGCGCCCAGGACAAGCCAUUCGGAUUGUCCCUGUGGAACCGCCUGCACUGAGCAAAUGGCUCUGAAUACCCCGGUAGCAUGAAGGAGCAUCAAAGCACUCACAGAUUUAGAGCGCAACUGUGGUUUUUUAUAAGGUUGUGUAGUAAAAAUUAGCUGAUGUAGAAAUAAAGUGUGUGUAAAUUACACCUUUUUCACAAGGCA